AUGGGCUGUUCAGCUUCCAAGUGUUGUUCACAACUGAAGUGCUCUUUGUGCUCCAAUGGGUGCCUGGGACAGGCACCUGACUCCCCGAGAGAAUCAAGGGGAAAGUCAAGUCGGGGGAGACGGAAGGCAGAUUCUAGUGGUUCAGAUGAUUCUUCUGAUGACCUCGGGGAAGAUGACGAUGCUUGUAACCAUAUGAAUGCUACAAGGGAAUCAACUGUCGGCAUCAGCCAAUUAUCGAGGGUCUCGUCACAGUUUCUUCCCCCUGAUGGGUCACGCAAGGUUCAGGUCCCUUUGGGUAACUAUGACCUGAGAUACUCCUUCCUGUCUCAAAGAGGUUAUUACCCAGAAUCACUGGACAAGGCAAAUCAAGAUAGCUACUGCAUACAUACCCCAUUUGGACCAAGUCCUGAUGACCACUUCUUUGGUGUGUUUGAUGGCCAUGGGGAAUAUGGAGCUCAAUGCUCACAAUUUGUGAAGCGAAGAUUAUGCGAGAACCUGCUCAGAGAUAACCGGUUUCGUACAGAUGCUGUGCUGGCUCUUCAUUCUUCUUUUGUGGCAACGAACUCACAGUUGCAUGCCGACAACUUGGAUGACUCCAUGAGUGGUACUACUGCAGUCACUAUAUUGGUCAGGGGUAAAACUAUCUAUGUUGCGAAUACCGGCGAUUCACGUGCAGUUAUUGCUGAAAAACGAGGGGAUGAUAUUGUCGCUGUUGACCUCUCCGUAGAUCAAACCCCGUACCGAUUUGAUGAACUUGAAAGGGUCAAGGAAUGUGGUGCUAGGGUUCUAACGUUGGACCAAAUAGAGGGCCUAAAGAACCCAGAUGUGCAGUGUUGGGGUACUGAAGAAAGUGAUGAUGGCGAUCCUCCAAGGUUAUGGGUGCAAAAUGGCAUGUACCCAGGAACUGCUUUUACACGUAGCAUUGGAGAUUCUGUUGCUGAGUCAAUUGGUGUCAUCGCAGAUCCUGAGAUUUUUGUCCUGGAUCUCAAUUCCAACAAUCCAUUUUUCGUUCUUGCUAGUGAUGGUGUUUUUGAGUUCCUUUCCAGUCAAACAGUUGUCGACAUGAUUUCUAAAUACAAGGAUCCUCGAGAUGCAUGUGCAGAAAUUGUUGCGGAGUCCUAUCGUCUUUGGCUACAGUAUGAAACUCGUACAGAUGACAUUACAAUCAUAGUUGUGCAUAUUAAUGGGUUAACUGAUGAAUCUACCCAGACUGUUACGAAGGUGACUUUACAACCUUCACAGCAAGUAGUAGAACUGGCAGGCUCUGAAUCACCACUAAUAGUAAGUUCCAACACCAAUAAUCAGCGCUCGAGGCAUGAUUUAUCACGGGCACGAUUGAGGGCUCUUGAAAGUUCUCUGGAGAAUGGUCAAUUAUGGGUCCCUCCAUCUCCAUCGCAUCGGAAGACAUGGGAAGAGCAAGCGCAUAUUGAGCGGGUACUACAUGAUCAUUUCCUGUUUAGGAAGCUUACUGACUCACAAUGUCAUGUUCUACUUGAUUGUAUGCAACGAGUUGAGGUGAAACCUGGGGAUAUAGUAGUACAGCAGGGCGGCGAAGGUGACUGCUUCUAUGUAGUUGGUAGUGGUGAGUAUGAAGUUCUGGCUAUUCAGGAAGAAAAUGGAAAGGAAAUAACCAAGGUUCUGCAUCGGUAUACAGCUGACAAGUUAUCUUCCUUUGGGGAGCUAGCACUGAUGCACAAUAAGCCACUUCAGGCUUCAGUUCGUGCUGUGACCAGUGGAACAUUAUGGGCUCUAAAGCGGGAGGACUUCCGGGGUAUUUUGAUGUCAGAAUUUUCAAACAUACCAUCAUUGAAGUUGCUCCGAUCUGUAGAACUGUUUACAAGAUUUACAGUGCUUCAACUAAGUCAACUUGCUGAGUCGCUUGUUGAAGUAUCAUUUGCAGAUGGGCAAAAAAUAGUAGAUAAGAAUGAUGACGUCUCUUUGCUAUAUGUUAUUCAAAGAGGUCGUGUGAGACUUAUAUUGGCUACUGGUCAAAUGACUUCAGAUACCUGGGAUCUCAUCAGUGCUCAAACAAAGCAGGCACAAAGUAGUCGGGAAAAUGGUAAUUAUGUGGUUGAGAUAGAUGAGGGAGGGCACUUCGGAGAGUGGUCUCUCAUUGGUGAGACUAUUGCUUUCACUGCUAUUGCUGUUGGUGAUGUUACUUGUUCUACUAUCACGAAGGAGAAAUUUGAUUCAAUUGUUGGGCCUUUGCCUAAACUUCCACAAGUUGAAUCCAAGAUUAAAGACUCUCUGGUAACUGAGGAGAAUCUUGCAGAUGGUGAUUUUCCUUUUAGGAGGGUGAAGCUCUCAGAUUUGGAAUGGAAAAUGUGCAUAUAUGCUGCUGAUUGCAGUGAGAUUGGUCUCGUCCAAGUUAGGGGCUCUGACAAGAUCAGAAGUUUAAAAAGGUUUUACAUCAAGAGAGUACAAGAUCUCCAUAAGGAAGUACAAGUCUUUGAGGAAAAGGACCUUAUGAAAAGCUUGAGCAAAUCAACUUGUGUGCCAGAAGUUCUGUCCACUUGCGCUGAUCAGUCAUACCUUGGAAUAUUGCUGAAUUGUUGCCUUUGUUGCUCAUUGGCUUCAAUACUUCAUACACCACUAAAUGAGUCAUCUGCAAAAUUCUUUGCAGCCUCAGUUGUUGUUGCUCUAGAAGAACUUCAUCAGAAGUCCAUUAUUUAUAGAGGUAUUUCGGCAGACAUUCUUAUGCUCGAUAGAUCAGGACAUCUGCAGCUGGUAGAUUUUAGGUUUGCAAAGAAGUUGGAAGGUCAAAGGACCUACACAAUAUGUGGGAUUGCUGACUCUCUGGCACCAGAGAUUGUUCUUGGUAGGGGCCAUGGAUUUGCUGCUGACUGGUGGGCACUUGGAGUUUUGAUCUAUUUCAUGCUUCAGUCAGACAUGCCAUUCGGGUCCUGGAGGGAGAGCGAGCUGGAACCUAUUACAAAAAUUGCCAAAGGCCACCUUGUUAUGCCAGUGUCAUUCAGUGCUGAAGUUGUUGACCUUGUAACCAAGCUACUUGUGGUAGACGAAAACACGCGCCUUGGAACAAGUGGUGCUGAAGCUGUAAAGAAACACCCCUGGUUUGAUGGCAUUGAUUGGGAGCGAAUAACAUCUGGGACUUGUGCAGUACCUGAAGAAAUCACUGAGCGCGUCAACAGCUGUAUAGAAACUCUUAACGAGGACUUAUCAGCAUCUACUUCUGUGCCGAUUAAAGACCCAGAUGCUCUUACUGCCCCAGAGUGGAUCCAGGAUUGGUGA